GCAUGGACCUACCAACUCCACUUGGUGUACCCCAAAAAAGACCGAAAACCCACAAAGACAACGUCAAAGAGGCGGCUUCAGAAGCCAACCUUUCAAUGCUUUCAUCAUCCGCUUGUGUAUAUAUAGCGAGCGCAAGAAACUGCACAUCCAAGAACUCUCAACGUGAAGAUCAUCUGGUUUUCUUCUCUCUAAUUUUGCCCCUCUCGUGUACCUAGUCGCCGUCCCCGAAUAACCAUGAUGGAGAUCGCUGAGUACGUGCCGGACGUGUUGGUGAAGGUGGCUGCUUUCUUGGUGGUCCAGGCUCUGGUGUAUCUGAUCCUCUCCAACUCGUCGGACGUGUUCUCCAAAGACAAGAAGCUCCGGUCCCUCAGCUUCAAGCCGGCUCGCUCCGCCAGCAUCCGCCGGAUCCUGGCCGUGUUCUCCGACGUGCCCCAGGGCCCUGCCGGCGGAGGCGAGCCAUCGCCGCGCUCGUCAUCCUCUGAUGCCCAAAGCAUGCCGAUGUUCGAGGAUCUUCCCGGCUACGAUGGUUCGUCCUGAAUGUUUGGGGUGUGUGGAGGGGAUAGUAGGGCAGCAGGUCGUAUAGUCUUGCGAAAAUUCAUUGAUUUGUUUGUUCAAAUAUGUAUGUUGUAAAUAAAAUAAUGUCAGUGGAUUGCUUUGUCGAUGCA